CUUUGGACCGCCUCUCCUCCCGUCAACAUUCGGGUGUUGUCGUCUCGAAGCACCCUGUCGGUCGGAGGAGGAAAAGAAGCGGAGACGGGGACUCGUAUUGGUUUGCGUUUUAAAAAAAAAGGGUGGGGAAAGUCCAAAGUUGUCAAUUGUUAUCAGCAAACGUCAGCGGAAAGUGAAAGCGCGACUCUACAGCUUUCAAGUGGGCAGUGUGUGUUUCAUAGCCGAGGGAAAGGUCUCCUCCCAGCGCGUGUUGACGGAUACAGCUCGACUCGGUGCAAGGAGACACGGAAAGACCUGAGUGCACGUAAACCACCUCGGCCAGCGCGGAUUGCCCAGGAUGUCUUCGAAGGCUCACAGUUCUAACAACAUCGCCCAUGCCAGGCGGACUGUGCAGCAGCUGAGGAUAGAGGCCAACAUCGAGAGGAUAAAGGUAUCCAAGGCCUCCGCGGACCUUAUGAAUUACUGCAAUGAUCACUCCAAAACCGAUCCUCUCCUCAUGGGCAUCCCCGCCUCAGACAAUCCCUUUAAGGACAAAAAGCCCUGCACUAUAUUGUAGGAGUUGAUACCACUCGUGCCUUGAUGGGAGUCGUUUUUGGCUUAUUAAUGUCGCUGUUUCUGUUCUGUUUGUCGGGAGGAGCGAGGGGUGGAUCGUGAUCGUAUUAUUACCACGGGCUCAUCUCUUUUUGUGUUAACAAAUUACUGACGCAACCCUGCUUUUGUGUUCUGGCUUGUUUCGUUUCAUUUUUUUUUCUUUUGGACAGAACAAAGAAAGUGUUUCUGCGGCUCCAACACUCAAGUCUUUAAUCGCUGUGCCACUCUUGGGUCUGUUAUGAUGACCACUAGCAAGCCUUUGGCUGCAACGAAUUAACAUGGCAACAGGCACGUCCUGGAGUCACCGGCGGUCCUCGGCUUUGUGAUUUCUCGUAAUGGGCAGCGACUGUUAGCAUCUCUCUGCGGGUUCAUGUGGGCCUUUUUAUUUAUUUUUUGUUCAACUUCACUUACAAAAUUUCCACCGGCAACCUUUAAUGUUUAAUGUUCGGAUAGUUGAAGAUUCAGGGUUUUUUUUCAAGGUGAGCUUGAGCUCAUAAUCCGGUUUGACUUAGCUGGGUUGUCGUUUCCAAUGUUCGGUGCUAUGGUGACAGCUGUAUCCAACAAAUAAAGCCCAAGACAUGACAUCAUAACCUGUCUAUGAAUUUGAAAAAGCUAAACGUCGUAAUUCACGAUCGAAAUGUGUUCCUGCGGAUAAUUCUUUCCACGGUGUUGCCUUCAUUUAGCCGUUUUCCCCUCCCUAAAAUCGCUUCACUGAAGUAUAUUUUUUAAAUUAAUUUACUUCAGGAAAUUGUCACUUUAACCAUUUUACAUACUAUAUAUUUUGUUUAUGACCUACAGUGGUGCCUUGUGAUACAAACAAGUGCCUUGACUUAUAACUUUUUAUCCACAUGAGCCAUCACUUGUUUUUUUUUUUUUUUGCCCUGAGGUAAGAGCAAAAAUUUGAGAUCCAAGCGCGCUUCACCCCCUUUUUUGUGCUCACGUUUUCCGUUUUUGCGGGUUAUAUGGAGAGCAAUUUUUUUCUGCAGGUCAUUAUGGCUGCCUGCAGUUUUUCAUGUGGAAAAGAAAAAAAAGACAAGAGCGGUCACGGGACGAAUUCAACUCGAAUCUCAAGGCACCACUGUACUUGGGUGAUUAUUCGAGGUGCAACGAUUCAUCAAUAAAACUGCAACCAAUUCAUUCUCAAAUUGAUCAUUCAUUUUGAUCAUCGAUGAAUAGGUUCCAUUCCUUUCUUCAUUCAAAAUUGUCCAAAUUUUCAGAGUUCCCGCUUCUCGAUAGUAAAUCUCCUCCGUUUCGGUUAUCCUCCAUGAGAGUGGCCCGAUUAUCAAAUCGAAAUAAAACAACCAUUGACAUUUUUUGUGUCUUUCCGACCUGUUACGGACCAAACCAGUGCCUGACUUACGUAAGUUAUGUUGAUUUAAAAUAUAUUCACGUUUUUGAAUAAAAGGAUGGAAAAUAUAGAUUUUAAAAAAAUUCUCCGAUGAAUCUUUUAUUGAAAUAAUCAUUAGUUGCACCCCUAAAAAUCAUAAUUGAAACAAUUUUUAAAAAUGCCACGAUUGUAUUACUAAAACGAACACUUUUACAUGUGUUACAUUCACAAUUUUAGUAUUUUUCCUUUAUUUUUUUUAGACCUAAUCUACAAAAAAACUGGCCGUAAGCAAAAAAGGUUUGUCGUAAACUUUGGUACCCAAGUGGUAGGGUACCAAAAAUAGCAAAACUGUCUGCUGGACUGCACUAAUGGUGGAAACAUGCUCAUCUGUCCAGAAUCUGGUGGUCCAUUGAACCAAAAAAAAAAAAAAAAGUUCGACAAAACUUGUCACACUUAAUCGCCUUACUUAUGCUUGCCUUGUAGAACACUUACUGGGAGAACUGUGGUUGAAUUUGCAGGAUGGGAAUCAUUUUUGAUAAUAGCGUAAAAGUGUACGGUGCCAUCUUUGUGUCUGUGCGUGGUGCAAAGCCUCUCAUAUCCCAUUGGUUUCGCAUGGUGCUUCUCUUUUCCGUAGUUAUUGUUAUCUAACUGAUUGUUUCGGGGGGGUGGUUUGGUCUCUUAACAGUUGCUUCCCCUUGUUUGCAAUAAUUCCCAUCAACCUCUUAAGAAAUGUUUAGCUUGCCACUGCCAUGUCAUUUCUGUCAGUGAAGCAACUUUACUGUACAACUGUUCCAUUAGCGUGUCAAAAUCUGUAUUUUGAGGAACGUCUUUAUUAUUCAUAAAGCAACGUUUGUAUGAAGAUGAACGAAGUGAAGCAAAGUGUUCCUAUUCCUGUUCCAAUAUCUCAAUUAAAAAAAAAAGUGUUGUCAGAGGAUCGCUGCUUGAAA